AUGAGAGCAAAACCUCGCAUCUCCUCAAAGUCGGGUCUUUCAAAGGAAACCACAGACGCACGAUGGCGCAGGCUGCCGCCGCCACCGCCUCCACCGCCCCCGCCACCCCACCCACGGUGGACAGCCUGCCGGCCGAGGUCCUGCUGGAGGUGUUCUCCUACCUGCCCCUGGCGGACGUGGCCCGCGCUGCCACCGUGUGCGAGCGCUGGCGCGACCUGCUGGCGCGCCACACGGCCGUCUGGCGCCACAAGGAGUACUUCACGCGCAAGAAGUCGAGCCGGGACGAGGUGGCGUCCAUCGCGAGCAGCAUGCCGCAGCUGCACUGCGUCCACGUGCUGCGCGACAACGAGUUCGGCGUGCACAUCGCGUGGCCCGAGGCGGCUGUCAGCCUCUGCUGCGACGCCCCCCACGCCGCCCUUCGUGCGGCCGCCGCCGCGCCGCGUGCCCGGCCCCUACACGGUAGAGUUCGACACGCGGCGCCUCGUGGUGUGCGGCGCCACCUUCCAGCACUGCCUCAAGUGGGUGCGGGGCGAGACACUGGAGGCGCUGCGCGUGGCCGACCAGUGCGAGGGCGCGGGCACGCACCCGGCCAGCCCGUUCUACUACUACCGCGACUUCAGCGCCGGCAGGCACUGCUACGGCCCCAUCUGCAGCUUCCGGGGACCGGAGCCCCUCUUCUGUGCGCUCUGCGCCUACAGCCACCACUACAACUGCGCCGGCAGGGCGUGCCCGCUCGGCGGCCCGGCCGAGGUGGCGGACGGCGUCGAACUGUGGUGCCACCCGGGGCCGGGGCGCCCCGCCGGCAGCGGGGCCCGGCGGGGGGCGCGCGGCGGAGGGCGCGUCGCGCGGCGGCACGUCGCUGGAGGCGGAGCUGGAGGACGCGCUGCGCCGCCCACUGACGGUGCGCUGCCCGGCGCUGGAGGAGGUGACGGUGUCCGGUGUUGGGCUGGCGCCCACCGAGCUGCGGCUGCUGUGCGUGGUGGCGCAGCUGCGCGUGCUGCGCGUCGAGUCGGCGUGCCUGCGCGGGCUCUUCUUCCUCCGGCACUGCCGCGACACUCUGGAGGAGCUGACGGUCACGGACGCCACGUGGCUGCCGCCGGAGAGCUUCAGGGACCUGCGGCAGCUGCGCGUGCUCAAGCUGCUACGCGUCUCCAAGUUCCGCGCGCCGCGCGUGGCGAUCGCCAAGUACACGCGGCACCUCCGCGGGCUGCGCUGCGUCCUGCAGAAGCCGCUGGAGGAGGCCGCCGCGGCGACGCUGCCCACCGAAGAGGAGGAGAUCGGCCUGGAGUAGUGGCACGCGUCUGUCCGCGGCGGCCAGGGUACGUGACCUGGUUAUCGUAGACGUCUCUAUUGCACCACCUUUCGGUAACUUCGCUAGUACUCUGUCGGGUGUCGAAUGCUCGGAGUUCCUCAAUUUUGAGUUUAAUGUUGCUUACCCGGUAUCUUACUCCAGAAACUCAAAUACAUUUAUUUCUUACGGUGUGCCGUUAACGUCUUCGGUCUGUCCCGUGUGAGCGACUGUGGUUCCGCACUUCCGUUAAUCGACCUAACCGUCCGAUCCGCAGCAUUCUUCUGUGGUACCGUCUUACGAAAGCUUAUGUUGUCUCGGUCUGAAUUAUUUACUGUCCCCGUUCCACUUCAGUACAAAGCUACAGUUUGGACAAAUACCUUCCAAAAAACCUCCUUAUAACUUUAUCUCACACGUUUAGUGUCGCACUUCGUAAUAUAACUCCCUCGGUGAUGCCCAAUUUAAUUAGACUGCAUUUCAUUACCCUCAUUUUACUUUCAGUGUUUGGCAUGAUUUCCUUUCGAGACACUGUCCAUUCCCUUCCAUUGCUCUUGAAAGUCGAUUGCCGUGCGUGACGAAACUGCGACGUCAUGGACAGACUGCGAAGACAUUAUUUUUUCUCCGUGAAGUGUAAUUUGUUAGGAUUCUGUAAAAAUAGAACUCUUAUAUGAUUCCUUUGUUGUCUGGCUGUCUAUGUGACUUUUAGCAACAUUUUUUUUUUCCCCGGAAGAGUAAUUAUCGAGUUCAAAUUUAUGUCACAAUAUUAUGAGAAGAAUAGUUGCUACUCGCUAAACUGAAAAUCCGAAAUUGUUAAUUUUGUGAUUAUAUCACACACAAAAAUAUUUCUUUCAUCAUUUGUUAUCCGACUUCAAACUCGAAAUUAAAAUAUUCUGGACGUCUCUAAACCACUGGGACCAGUACCUACCCAGAUCGAUGUCGAUAA